AUGUCAGCCCCGAAGCAAUCCGGCCAGGGGGCCCCCUCCUCCUCAGCUUCUCAGAGCCGCCCCGAGGCCCCCAAGGGGGCCCCCCAGGGGGGCCCCCCGGGGGCCCCCCAGGAGUCGCUGCCCCCCUCUGGGGCCCCCCAGGGGGCCCCCAAGGAGGCCCCUGCGACUCGGGGGGCCCCCCAAGAGAGUGGCCCCCAGGGGGCCCCCCAGGGGCCCCCCGAAGGGGCCCCCAAGGGGGCCCCCCAAGGGGCCCCCCAAGGGGGCCCCCAGGGGGCCCCCCAGGGGGGCCCCCAGGGGGCCCCUGCUGCGGACUCGCAGCGCAAGGGGGGCCCCCCAUCCCGCGGGGCCUCGCAGCUGACCCCACGGGGAGUCCCCAGCAGCAGCAGCAGCAGCAGCAGCAGCAGCAGCAGCAGCAGCAGCAUGGGGAAGGGCCCCCGGAUGAGCAGCAGCCAGUUCGCGACGUACCGGCAGCAACUCAGCAGCAGCAGCAGCAGCAGCAGCAGCAGCAGCAGCAGCAGCAGAUUUGGCUUCCCGCUGCUGCCCUCCAACUUCUUUCAAAGCAGAGAAGAAAUUCGCACUUGGGGAGUCGAAGACUUGGCAGACCCUUCUGUGCAGCCCUACGACAAGGAGUGGGAGGAGAGCGAGGGCUUCAAGAUGGACCGGCUGCCGUACGUGAAUGCGGAGUUUGCUGCUGCUUCUGGGGAGGCGACGCACAUGUACAACCAGGCCUAUCCAUUUGCUGCUUAUCCUUACGGAGUUCCUCGAGUUUAA